UAUGAUGAACAUAUCCAUAUACAGAUUCUACCGCCGGUAUAUUUCUCACGUAAUUUAAUUUUAGCCAAUUUUAGUUCUGUUGUUUACCAUAAGAUUGCAUGGUGACAGUGUUGUAAAAAGCAUUCAAGUACUUUGUUAAAAUUAUACAAGAUUUAUACAAAAAAACAAAUUCUAAUUUUCAGUUUCAUACAAAAUGAUAAACGAGCAAACCGUUUGUUGUGGAUGUUUCGAAUCAAUUUUGGUCGAUGAACGGAAAAACAUAUUUGACGAUAAUUUAUGGAUCUCUAUACAUCAGUACACCGAAAAUUUUAAAGAAACCAACGAGAGCAUGAAGCAAAUGAAAUUAAGCGACUGCAUCGAAUUAAUCACAGGUCGGAAGAUUGUAAGAAUGAACCAAAAGUUGGUCGAUUUGUGUCCUAAAUGUUUUCAAAAUGUACAGUCAUAUAUAAAUUUUCGCACUAGAUUAUUGCUUUCAUUGUGUUCCGAGAAAGACGAGAACAAAAGUACAAAUUUAAUUCAGAGUGAGAAGGAUUCAUGUUUGUUAGGAAAUACAACUACAAAUGACAAUAAAUUGUUAAAAGAGGAGACACUGGCUGAGUGUGCAGUAAAUAUAGUCGAGUCUGAUAUACCUUUGUAUAGUAUAAUCGAUAACAACAAUUCUAUAGAUAAUAUAAACGAAUUAGGUAAUGAACAGGAGAAUAAAGCCUCCAAUGAUUUAGAAAACUCUAGAAUUAAUUUUGGUACUUCGAUAUCCUGGCAUAUAGACUUAAAACAUCAAGACACCGAUAUAGAAUCAGAGAUAGAUGUCUGUUCUGGUGAGGACGAAGAAGUAUUGGAACUAGAUGACCAGAAAAGAACCAUUAAUAUCAUUGAGAUUGAUACAUCGUCGGAAUCGGAUAUAGAAGUGUGCGAUUAUGAACCAAUUGGAAAAAGAUUUAAAAAAUACCAAGUUUUUUCGCCACAUUUACUUUUUUAACUGUUUACUAUUUUUUUAAAUUAAUAACAUUGAAUUACAAACUUGCGAGAAGACUAGUAUUCAAAAUUUUGUUAAUAAUUGUACAUAGUUUAAAAUUUUAGAAAAGACAUGUAAUUAUCUUUAUAAGUUAAAUUUUACAUUGUGUUCAUAUAAUGAUUAUGUAAUUAAUUUAUUUAACAUAUUAUAGUGUUGUAACAUUUAAUUAUGAAAAUAUCAUGUAGAAUGGAAAUUAAUUUUUGUAAUUCAUUAGAGGAAAUGAUUGUACUGUAUUACCAAUGUUUGAUUUAUUUUUCUUCUUUGUGUAAUUUGUUAACCCAUUAGCUUAGUGGAUUAUGUAGUUGAUUUCUUUAUGUGAUGAUAUAUACAUAUUUGUACAUUUGCAUAUAUGUAUGUACGUAUGUAAUACAAAAUAAGAAUCGUGAUCUGCGUUUUUACAGAAAGAUCAUUAAUUUAUGUUAGUGAUGUAAUAAUCUUUGGAACCACAUAAAAACAAUGAUACAUAUAAAGUUAUCUUAUCUACUGGUGCACAGCAAUAUGCCCGUUUAACCUUUCGAUAAUAAUUGUAACUAUUGCCCCGUUUACGCGUAUACAUAAUUUUCGUUAUUCAGUGUGAAAAAGUGUAUAUAGUAAUAAUAAAUUAAACAAAAUUUAAUGACGUUAGCCAUUUCUUGUCUCAGCUUUUUAUAAAAUUCAGUACUCAGAGCAUGCAGAUCUCAAGAAUUUCAACCACCAGAUUUGGGAAAAUCUUAAUUGCGAAUAGAGGAGAAAUAGCAUGUCGUAUUGCAAAAACUGCCAAGAGGCUUGGAAUUCAAACUGUUGCUGUAUAUAGCGACGUGGAUCGUAAUUCUAUGCAUGUAAAGCAUGCAGACGAAGCAUAUUACAUUGGUCCAGCACCUUCUAGUCAAAGCUACUUGCAACAGGAUAAACUUGUAUAUAUAGCAAAAAAGUCAAAGUGUCAAGCAAUACACCCUGGUUAUGGAUUCCUUUCGGAAAAUGCAGAAUUUGCAGAACUUUGUGAGAAAGAGAACAUUACAUUUAUUGGACCACCAGCAAAUGCUAUUAGAAAUAUGGGAAUGAAGAAUACCUCAAAAGCUAUAAUGGUAGCAGCUGGAGUUCCUGUUAUAGCUGGAUAUCAUGGAGACGAACAAUCUAACGAAAGUUUGCUACUGCAAGCAAAACGAAUUGGUUUUCCAUUAAUGAUUAAAGCUGUUCGCGGUGGAGGAGGAAAAGGAAUGAGAAUUGCUUUCAAAGAGUCUCAGUUUAUGGAAGCUUUAGAAGCUGCGAGAACCGAAUCUGAGAAAGCAUUCGGCGAUGCAGCUGUAUUGCUUGAGCAUUAUAUUCCCGAAUCAAGGCAUAUCGAAGUUCAAGUCUUUGCAGACAUGCACGGAAAUAUUGUACAUAUGUUUGAAAGAGAUUGUUCUGUCCAGAGGAGACAUCAGAAAAUUAUCGAAGAAGCUCCUGCGCCUGGCAUAUCAACGGACAUAAGAUCAAAUCUAGGUGCAACUGCAAUUCGAGCAGCUAAAGCAGUAGGCUAUGUAGGUGCGGGUACUGUAGAAUUUAUAAUGGAUCGUAACGGAAAUAGUUUUCAUUUCAUGGAAAUGAAUACUCGUCUUCAAGUGGAGCAUCCCAUUACUGAAGCGAUUACUGGAUUGGAUUUGGUGGAAUGGCAAUUACGAGUUGCAGCAGGAGAAAAACUUCCACUAAGACAAGAAGAAAUCGGGUUCGUCGGGCAUGCAUUUGAAGCAAGAAUUUACGCCGAGAAUCCAAGGGAUGGUUUCCUACCAGGGGCUGGACAGCUGUUAUACUUGAGAACUCCCAAGGUUCUGCCCAAGAUGAUUAGAAUUGACACAGGAGUUCGCGAGAAUGACCAAGUAUCGGUACAUUACGAUCCUAUGAUUGCAAAAUUAAUUGUCUGGGGAAACGAUAGAGGAGAAGCAUUAGCCGUACUCAGAACGAAAUUAAACGAAUACAAUAUUGCCGGACUGGAUACCAAUAUAGAAUUCAUUAAGGAUUUAUGUUCUCAUCCCAGUUUUCGACAAGGUCAGGUACACACGGGAUUCAUAAAGGAACAUUACCAACAACUAUUUCCUAAAUUACGUGUCCCGCAGUCAGUCGCGAUGCAGGCUGUUCUUGCAUCAAUAUUUUACGAAGAUCUUCUGUCAUUACAAUCUUCGCUUACCACUGCCGACCCUUUCAGUCCGUUCGCUACAGAAAUUGGAUCGCGUUUAAAUCACAAUUUAACGCGAGCUUUUCGUUUUAAUGUUUGCGAUGAGGACAUCGAUAUCGAAGUAAAAUACAUUGAGCCAGAAGUUUAUUCUGUCAGAAUAAAUAAAAUUGGGCCGUGGAGAAAGGUAACGGGUAUGUUAUCGAAGAAAGACAACUCGUUAGAAUUGUGUACUGAAAUCGAUGGAAAUAUCACCAGCACGUCGAUAAUCAAGAUUAAUAAUAAGCUACAUUUAUUUACCAAAGAUCGAGAGUGGCAAUUCGUUGAACCCUCUAUGAAAUUUCUUUCUGAUGAUACAAGCACAAAUUCUGAAGUAGAUCCAUGCAAAGCGUUAAGUCCCAUGCCUGGUUUAGUAGAAAAACUGUUUGUUGCGAAAGGAAGCUUUGUAAAAGCUGGCGAUGCCUUGCUCGUUAUUACUGCUAUGAAGAUGGAACACGUCGUUAGAGCGUCCACAAACGGAACAGUUGAAGAAGUCUUGUGUUCAAUAGGCGAUAACGUGGCAAAGAAUAAGAUUCUUGUUAAAUUGAUUGAAUCUACAUCUUAAAAUAUAAAAAUUCAAAAUAAUAAAAAUGUUUGCCUUUUAUUA